GUCCUAUCCCCAAGCUCCCCUCAAUUUACUUUCCGGUCUCGAGGGUCACAAUUCAUACCUGAGCGGUCUUGGAACGUCACAAAUGACGAGGCGGAACGAGAGAGCCGGACCUGUACUCAUCCAGCGAACCCUAUAUCACCUAUAUCACCCCGCGAUAUUUUCUGCCAAGAUGCGGCUUCUAUGAAAUCCGUACUCCGUUGGUCAAAGUUGGUAGAAGUCGGUUUUUGGUUAACUUCCGUUGUCAAACCUUGCAUGAUGUAGAGCGAAUAGUACGCGGCAGUAGCGGGGCCGAAGUUGAGCUAUAUAGUAAGUAGCAAGCUCGUAAUUGAAUGAGUUAAAUCUUACUCUAUUUCUUCUCCUUGCUUUCUCUCUACCCAUCUCAUGUAGGAAGUGUCAUAGCUACCUACUUCUCCAUACUCCCAUAUUUCCCAUUUCGCUCCAUCGGGUUACCUUCAAAAUGGCAGAUAUCGACGUGGAAAAGGUCCUCAAAAAGCUUUCUAUGAGCGACAAGGUCGAUCUUCUAGCAGGUAUAGACUUUUGGCAUACGAAGGGGCUUCCAGAGCACGGCAUCCCUUCGCUACGCUUGACUGACGGACCUAACGGCGUUCGCGGCACCAAAUUCUUCAAUGGCGUCAAGGCUGCCUGCUUCCCUUGUGGGACAGCGUUAGGUGCUACCUUCAACCUAGAACUUCUGGAGGAAGCUGGGAAGAAGAUGGGAGAGGAGGCUAAGGUCAAAGGAGCACACGCAAUUUUGGGACCUACUAUAAAUAUGCAGCGAGGUCCCCUCGGUGGGAGAGGAUUCGAAUCGCUCGGUGAAGACCCAUUCCUAGCUGGUCUAGGAGCCGCGGCCAUUGUCAGGGGCAUUCAAUCGACGGGGAUCCAAGCUACCAUCAAGCAUUUCGUCUGUAACGACCACGAACACAAGCGAAAUGCAGUGCAAGCUAUCAUAACAGAACGAGCUUUGCGUGAAAUCUACGCACUGCCAUUCCAGCUAGUAGCCAGAGAUGCGAACCCGGGUUCAUUUAUGACGGGUUACAACGGGGUGAACGGGACUUACUGUUCUGAGAACCCUAAACUUCUAGAUAAAAUGCUUCGUAGUGAGUGGGGCUGGGAUGGGAUGGUCAUGAGCGACUGGUACGGCACCUACUCAACGACAGAGGCGGCAUUGGCUGGCCUCGAUCUUGAGAUGCCUGGUCCUCCACGAUUCAGGGGCGAACCUCUGAAGUUCAACGUUUCAACCGACAAGGUUCGGAAGCAUAUUUUGGAUCAGCGAGUGAAGGCGAUGUUGGAAUUCGUCAAGAAAUGUGCUGCUAGUGGUGUGAAAGAAAAUGCUCCUGAAGGCACAGCUGAUACCCCUGAGACGGCUGCACUGUUACGGCGGAUAGGUAAUGAAGGGAUAGUGUUGCUGAAGAACGAUAAUAAGAUUCUUCCCCUGAAGAAGGACAAGAAGACUGUUGUCAUCGGACCCAACUCCAAGGUUGCAACAUACCAUGGAGGUGGAUCCGCAUCUUUAGCUGCGUAUUACGCUGUAACCCCGUUUAACGGUAUCAGCAGCAAGCUAUCUUCACCACCAGAAUACACCAUCGGCCAAUAUUCGCACAAGCUACUUCCUCUACUCGGAUAUUCUACCACAUCAACAAAUGGCGAACCAGGAGUGACUAUGAAAGUUUAUGUAGAUGGCCCAGAGGUUCCGAAUAGAAAACCUGUCGACCAGUUUGAGUUACUGAAGACGGAGAUGCUCCUCAUUGAUUACGAAAACCCAAAUCUAAAGGGUCCUCUAUGGUAUGCGACCCUCGAAGGAUCUUUGGUUGCCGAAGAAGACGCCAAGUGGGAAUUCGGCGUGGUCGUAUCCGGAUCGGCUAAUCUCUACAUCAAUGACGAGUUAGUCGUUGAUAAUACCACGAAACAGACACUGGGAGAUGCGUUCUUUGGCAGUGCCACUGUAGAGGAGAAGGGUUUCUAUAAAUUCGAAAAAGGCAAGACAUACAACUUUAAGGUCACAUUUGGAUCGAGCCCGACAUCCAAGCUUGGAGGUGGUGCAGUUCUUCUCAGUGGCGGUGCGCUUAGGGUCGGUGGUUGCAAAGUCAUCGACCCUAAGGCCGAGAUUGCUCAUGCCGUCGAGCUAGCUAAGGGUGCUGACCAAGUCAUCGUAUGUGCUGGUCUCAACGCUGAAUGGGAGACCGAAGGCAACGACCGUGCUGAUAUGAGCCUCCCUCCUGGUUCGGAUGAUCUGAUCGCGGCUGUCGCAAAAGCCAACCCCAACACGGUCGUUGUUAUGCAAUCUGGUACUCCGGUAGAGAUGCCCUGGAUCAGGGAUGUGAAUGCUCUCAUCCACGCUUGGUAUGGCGGGAAUGAGACAGGCAACACGAUCGCGGAUGUUCUCUUCGGCGAUGUAAAUCCAUCAGGGAAGCUCAGCUUGAGUUUCCCGGUUCGUGUCCAGCAAAAUCCUGCGUAUUUAAACUACCGGACCGAGGGUGGUCGGGUGUUAUACGGCGAGGAUGUCUAUAUUGGCUACCGCUACUACGAAUCCGUCGACAUCCAGCUCCUAUUCCCUUUCGGACACGGUCUCAGCUAUACGACCUUCCACUUCUCAGAUUUGUCGGUGACAGACAAAGAUGGAGAGCUGAAUGUAUCGCUUGUAGUCAAGAACACCGGUGGCGUAAAGGGUGCCGAGGUUGCCCAGGUGUACGUGGCUCCAAAGCAGAAAGCUAAGGUAAAUCGACCUGUGAAGGAGCUUAAAGGCUUUGCCAAGGUGGAGCUGGAUCCGGGUGAGAGUAAGACUGUAACGGUGAAGGUAGAGACGAAAUACGCGGUUAGUUACUGGGAUGAGGAACGUGAUGAGUGGUGCACCGAGGAGGGCGAGUAUGAAGUUAUAGUGGCUAACUGUAGUGACGUGACACCAGAAAGGUCUAUCAGGGGUUCGUUCAAGGUGGCCGAGACUUUCUGGUGGUCUGGACUAUGAGAUUCUUGAACAACAUACCUAGGUAUAGAUUUGACAAUGGAAUGAUAUGAGUCCAAUGUUACGUUAUGAUGACAACUAUGAGCGACUGAUAUGAUAAGACCCCAACCAUAAUUGAUUUUCGCUUCACGACUGACUUGACUUAUGACUUUAUUCCCAUUCGAUGAUGGCCAAGAGAACAGACGGGAGCUUUGGUAUUCGAAUCCCGCAGUUUUACUCCGUGUAACAGUGCACCAGACAAUGAUAGAUGGAUUACUUAUAAAAGCAGGUUUCUAAAACGGAAUAGUAUAGCUCUGUCGUCAUAUUUUCUAGUUUUGAAGUUGUAU